AGUGUACAUGCCUGUGUGCGCGCUCGUGUGUGUUGUGCGUGUGUGUCGUGGGUCUAUUGCGUUCAGGGGCCCGAUGACAGGACAGCCCGGCGUUUGUAAAACACCAUCGGAACUCUUCCACGUAUGAUUGUCCCUUACGCGUGCUCUCCCAGGGGGGGGUUAAGGUUCAAGCAAAGUUUGACUGUUUUUUGAGAACAUCACAUAUCCUCCCGUGUCGCACAAGGAGAGCCGGACGGCAGAAUUUGGCGGACGCGCUGCGAAGCUGCGCGCCUGUGCGGCCGUGGCCGGAAGGCUGGAUGCGAAUGCGAUGGAUUAGCAGCAGCCUGCUCCCAACUGUUUCCCUUGAUUGACCCCCGUCCCCCCCCCCCCAACCCCCCCACCUCCACCACCACCCCCCACCCCGCUCGCCGUUUAUCCAUCCCGGGAUUAUUUCCACUAUCGACGACCUUCUCCUUCCCACCGAGCUGAGAUGACAGAGGAGUGUGUGUUGCGGUGUGUGCUGAUGCUCUGCUGUGUGCUCCUCUCGGCCAAUGCCAGCAACUGGCUGUACCUGGCCAAGCUAUCGUCAGUAGGAAGCAUCCGGGAUGAAGAGACGUGUGAGAGGUUACGAGGCCUCAUUCAGAGACAGGUUCAGAUCUGUAAGCGCAGCGUGGAGGUGAUGGAUGCAGUCCGCCGUGGUGCUCAGCUGGCGAUAGAUGAGUGUCAGUUCCAGUUUCGUAACCGUCGGUGGAAUUGCUCCACUCUCGAGAGCAUGCCUGUGUUUGGCAAAGUGGUCACCCAAGGCACUCGUGAGGCUGCCUUUGUGUAUGCCAUCUCAGCAGCCAGUGUGGCGUUUGCGGUCACGAGGGCCUGCAGCAGUGGAGAGCUAGAAAAAUGUGGCUGUGACCACAACGUACAUGGAGUCAGUCCAGAGGGAUUCCAGUGGUCGGGCUGCAGUGACAACAUUGCUUACGGAGUGGCUUUUUCUCAGUCCUUUGUGGAUGUGAGGGAGAGGAGUAAAGGCCAGUCCUCCAGUCGGGCCCUCAUGAACCUGCAUAACAAUGAGGCCGGCAGGAAGGCCAUCCUGGCUCACAUGCGUGUGGAGUGCAAAUGUCACGGAGUUUCAGGAUCAUGUGAGGUGAAGACCUGCUGGAAAGCAAUGCCACCCUUUCGCAAAGUUGGCAACGUCAUCAAGGAGAAGUUUAAUGGUGCCACUGAGGUGGAGCAGCGCAAAAUGGGCUCUGCCAAAGUCCUGGUGCCUCGCAACUCCCAGUUCAAACCUCACACUGAUGAAGAUCUGGUCUACUUAGAACCCAGUCCAGACUUCUGCGACCAUGACCCGCGCACACCGGGCAUGCUGGGCACAGUGGGCCGCCAGUGCAACAGAACCUCAAAGGCCAUUGAUGGCUGUGAGCUGAUGUGCUGUGGCCGUGGUUUUCAGACACAGGAAGUUGAGGUUGUGGACAGGUGCAGCUGUAAGUUCCACUGGUGCUGUUACGUCAAAUGCAAGCAGUGCCGCAAAAUGGUGGAGAUGCACACUUGCCGAUGAUGAAAUGGGCACUGUUGAUGAACUGAACACAUGCCUCCACUCCUGAUCACAACUCGCGAACACCCUGAGGACUUGAAGCUCCCUCCUCUGCUGGAUAGGACCAAAGCUUCUACUACUUGUCUAUGCAAACAGGUCGAGUAGCUGAGAGGUGCAUCCACUUCCUCGUCAUGCUGUUUGUCUUCUCAAUUAAAAAAAAAAAAAAAAAACAUUGUCUCCCUCCCUCUACUCCUUAUAGCAAUGUUUAACUUAUUUGUUGAGACUGAGAAGUUUAUCUGGGAUUGACUAAGAAGGAGGGGCCACACUAGUGGAGAAAAGGAGGGAGAAACAGCACCCAUGGAUGGGUGGGUUUAAGGGGUUUGGGUCUCGAGGAGGGCUGCCGGCCUCUGUCCUUGCUGCUGCUGCUUCAGGGACUUAAUCAGAGCACGUCAAGGAGCGUCAAUAAAAGACAAACUGCAAAGAUUGAACCUGUCGUACAUAAACUUUAUGUGUUUUGCUUUCCGCGUGUGCAUGGCUGCACUGAGCUAAGAUUUUGUUACGUAGAGUUGUGUAUUUGAUGCUGUCACAUGCAAAGUUUUCUGUCCAAAGGGCACCGAUGAAUGACAAGUGAAAGCCACUAUCAUCACCUUCCUGUCUUUCUGUAAACUUACAGCAUGUGCACUAAUGGUACAAAAAACACUCACACAGAAAAUAUUACUCGAAAAGAUCUGUACCCAUCAACGGUUAGUAGAUAAAAUAAAAGAGGAAAAACACCCAGUUUACACAAAUACCUGAUAUGUAGCACAUCCACUGGGUUGCCAAAUGCUGCGAAAUUUAACCUUAAGGGUGGCGCAACAGUAAACACAUUGCAGUCAGUUGGUUUAACAGAAUUUACCUUCAUUCAACAAGAAGUUGGAAUAAGACUUUUUUGAAAUGUGCUCAUAAAAAGAUCUGAAACCCCAUUAAUUAACAGUUUGUAAACUGGGAAUAAUCAUUUCCACCGUAAACAACCCAACUGUUGAUGGUUACUGGUGAUUUGAGAAUUCAUUCAUUCAUUAGAACUCUGAAUGAGGCCUUGUUCAUGUAAUAAAAAAAUCACAUGCCAAAAAGAAAGAGCACAAAUUGCUGGAUUGUCCCUUGUUGCCCAUUGUUGACUGGGUCAUGGUCCUCCUCUUUGUUAAAUUCAUUGGUGGGUAAUGCUUGGAUCAGACCACAAGAUUUUAGCCCCGUUAUUUUCCCUAUUUGCUGUCGCAAACAAUUUUCAAGCUCGUGCCUGGCAUCUUUUGUCGGGAACGACAAAACUCCUUGUCGUGGUUUCAUAAUCCACGAUCAACGUUUUGGUCCCUGCAAUAAUAGCACCACGACGUCAAAAUGAGAGGUCUACUAUGUUUAAUUUUUUGGAUAUCUUCUGUUUCGUGCCAAAUAUCAACAAAAACUCUCCAACAUAACACCUUGACUUCGACCAACAGGAUUGCAUCUUGUAACGGUGCAUCGCCUCCCUUGGUUGCCAUUUAUUCACAAGAAUAAACUAAUGUUUACCAAAACUUUAGAACCUGAAUCAACAAAAUGCUGGCAUAAUGUUUACAUACAAACGUUAGUGCUAGCACGAGCUAGCUAUCUAGACAGCUACAUAAUGUUACAUUGGCUGCUUCCUAGUAGUAUUAAAAUUAUGUGAACAUUACAUCAAGCUCUUGAAGAAUGGACAGCCCCAAACUGUCCUCUCCGGAGCACCCAGGGAUGAUACCACACACAUUUUUUCUUAUCUUUCUUCUUUGUUUUGUCCUUUCCAACACAAAACAUUGCCGCGAUCAAAAAAAUAGUGCCAUGGUAAUGGUUGUAGCGUCCACAUGUUUUCUGGUCUUGCCACCCCCAACAGUUUGACUGGAUUAGCCGAAUUAUUGUAAAAGACAGGAUAUGGUGAUAUUGUAAUUUAUGUUGUGUAGUCUUUGUCAGUGUUCUGACAGAGACAUGUCAGGAUUUUAUGGCAGUGGUCUGACAUAGUGCCCUCGUGAGAGAACAAAUUUAUCUUGCAGUCUGAUCCGGGCAUUACACUGUGUCACAUUGGUGUGACUUCAUCCUACACAUACACAUGUAAACAAACAUCAGAUAAGGGUUUGCCUUUGCGAACUGCACCAAAGCAAAUCGCACGGAGCUAUACUGCCUGGUGGAAAUCAACAUCCUUCAAAUCAGAUGGAUAUUGAGCUCCUACUGUAUUUCAUUGUUUGCCAAAGGCCAGUUGCUAUUUGACAGAACAAACACAAAAAACACAUGUAUCAAACACAAUGCAAACACUUAGAUAAUAAAAACAUUAUGGGGUCUGCAGGAUGGUUGCUGAGCAUGUUCAUCAUGCAUGAUGACUGAAGCACUUUCUCUCCAACCGCACAUAAAGCCCUCCACCCAUGCCAUCUGGCAACAUGUGACCACGUAUGGCCAACUUGUACCACCUAAAAGCCACGCUUGCCAAUAAUAAUGUGCUAUCAUUAUAAUAAUCAUAAUGUAGAUCUGUAAAGACUUAUACACUGAAGAUUUUACUGCCUAUGAAUGUAUGUUGAUGCUGAAUAUAUGCUGUGUCAAAUAUA